AUGACAAGCCCAGCUCCUCGACGCUCUGGCCGGAAAACAUGGGCAAAGAGUCUCUCCUUUGGUAGAGACUUUCUCGCCAAUGCCCUCGGAUUGUCCAGACCACAGCUCGACAAUUGGCUGCUCUCCGAUAGCGUCUACCCACACCUAGCCUUCUGGCAUAGCAUCUGCAUCCAAAAAUCACGCCGGUACAACGAAAGCAUCCAAUGGAUCAAGACCGGAUACUUCUUCGAGGGCCACAACCUCGAAGAAGACGUCAUCCUGCUCUGCCUGGAAGAAGGAAUUCAUGGGAGUGACAUGGAUGCUAACGGCAUUGCUUGUCAGACCUAUGGGGACUGCACGACUCGAACAUUCAAGUGGUCGACUGUUGAGCUAUGGGCUCGCACUGUAUGGAGGAUUGUAAAGAGCAACAGCGGCAAAGGCGACAUCUUCGAGAGAGCCGUCAAGUUCCACCCAGCCUCGGCCUACGGCAUCGUUUUCGRCAUGCUCAGCCUCGCCUUUCACAACAUCGCCUGGGUGAAGGAAGAGUCUGUAUGSUCGACACUCAUCAGAUGCAAAUUCACCCCAGUACUGCCCCUGACACCGGUCGCGACUGCGGCUCCGUGGUACGAGGACCAUGAGAUCGCUCACCACAUGGACACUGAUGCCAAUCCGGAUGGCCCGAGCGAAGAGAGUCUUGAAGAAUUUGAGGAAGUGACCGAUGAUGAUGAGAUCUACGAUCUUUCUGAUGAUUCAGACUUCAGCUCAGACUCCGAGGUAGACACAGAAUCUGUUUUUCUGGAGACUCCGAAGAAGGCGCGUGGAUCGAACGGUCGUAAAGUCUCUCCUUCAGCCCCGACCAAGAAUGCUCGAGGCAACAAGCGGGUGCGUGACAAUGUUGACGAUGAGGAUAGCCCGUCCAGGAAGAUCAAGAAGUGGGCUCAAUCUCUACCGCCGCAGAAGGCAUUGGAACACGACUCGAACAACAUGCUGAAAAUCUUCGACGAGAACGGUCGUCCAAUCACUGGCUAUCGCCCGGCUWCCAUUUCGUCGCUGCCGAUUUUGCAGCACACUAUCGCCAAGAAGCCGGUCAUCGAGGAGGACACAAUAGUCCUGCGCAGAGACUCGGCGAUAUGGUCGAAAAUUGGGAAUGAAGCAACCGCAGAUGGAGCGGCGGAGAAUCUUGCUGUUGUASUGAAGGUGAACAAGGUCAACCCAUUUGUCAGCAAGAAAGCCGACGGCAAGGCCUGUGCUGCUCAGUGA